AUGGACAAUCUGGCGUUAUGUGAAGCAAACAACGCUCCUCUAACGCCGAUAACGUUCUUGAAACGAGCCUCGGAAUGUUAUCCACGUAGAACUUCCAUAAUCUAUGGAGAAACUCGUUUCACUUGGCUUCAGACCUAUGUCCGUUGCUGUCGUCUCGCUGCUUCUCUCCUAUCCCUUAAUAUCGCCAAGAAUGAUGUCGUAUCUGUUCUGGCCCAAAACAUACCGGCCAUAUAUGAGAUGCAUUUCGCUGUUCCCAUGGCUAGAGCUGUCCUUAACCCUAUCAACACCCGCCUCGACGCAAAAUCCAUCGCCGCAAUCAUCCGCCACGCACAGCCCAAGAUACUAUUCGUAGACCGCAAACUCGAGACCUUAGCUAGAGCAACGCUCUAUCUACUACCAGAUGAAGAACAGCUGAACCUGCUGGUCAUAUUCAUUGACGAGCCCGAUCACCCUAAAAGGCUUUCGUCCAAUGAGUUAGACUACGAGAGGCUCAUCCAUACGGGAGGAGAACCUUCGUCCUCCUUGGUUACACGUAUGUUCCGUAUUCAAAACGAGCACGAUCCGAUCUCGUUAAACUACACAUCCGGUACCACGAGCGAACCAAAAGGUGUGGUGGUUAGCCACCGUGGAGUGUAUUUGAAUUCUCUUAGCGUGAUUAUGAGCUGGGAAAUGGGGAAAUUCCCGGUGUAUCUUUGGACUCUGCCAAUGUUUCAUUGCAAUGGAUGGAAUCUCACAUGGGCAGUGGCGGCACGUGGGGGCACCAACGUCUGUAUAAGGCAUGUGUCUGCUCCCGAGAUUUAUAAGAACAUUGAAUUGCAUGGCGUGACGCAUAUGUGUUGUGUUCCUACAGUUUUCAACAUUAUGCUUCAAGGUAAACCACUUGACAUGUCACAAAGGUCCAGGCCAGUUCAGGUUUUGACCGGAGGUUCAUCGCCUCCUGCUGCCCUUGUAGAGAAAGUUCAGCGGCUUGGGUUUCAAGUGAUGCAUGUCUAUGGCCUCACGGAGGCCACUGGUGCUGUUCUCUUUUGUGAGUGGCAUGAUGAGUUGAAUAGACUUCCAGAGAAGCAACAAAUGGAGAUGAAAGCAAGGCAAGGGGUAGGGAUCUUAGCCCUAACUGACGUUGACGUGAAGAACACGAAAACUCAGGAGAGUGUCCCACGCGAUGGGAAGACAAUGGGAGAAAUUGUCAUGAAAGGAAGCAGCUUAAUGAAAGGGUAUCUAAAGAAUCCGAAAGCUACAUUUGAAGCGUUUAAACACGGAUGGCUCAACACGGGAGACAUAGGUGUGAUCCAUCCUGAUGGGUACAUAGAGAUCAAAGAUCGGUCCAAAGAUAUUAUCAUAUCGGGAGGUGAGAACAUCAACAGUAUUGAAGUUGAGAGUGUUCUUUACAAGUAUAAGAAAGUGCUCGAGGUCGCUGUUGUGGCCAUGCCUCACCCCAUGUGGGGUGAAACCCCUUGUGCGUUCGUUGUUUUAGAAAAGUUUAAGACUGGUCAAGGAGACUGUGAUGAUCAUGUCAUGACAAGAGAAGGUGAUUUGAUUACGUAUUGCCGUGAGAAUCUACCUCAUUUUAUGUGUCCGAAGAGGGUUGUGUUCAUGGGAGAAAUACCUAAGAACGGCAACGGAAAGAUUCUUAAACAUAAGCUAAGAAACAUCGCUAAAGGUUUGGUUGUUAAUGAUGCCAAUAGUGUUGGCAUUAAUCAGUAA